AUGGUAGAAGUCUUCAUGGACGAUUUCUCAGUCUAUGGAGCAUCCUUCUCCUCAUGUUUGUCUAACUUGUGCAGGGUGUUGCAGAGGUGUGAGGAGACAAAUCUAGUACUCAACUGGGAGAAGUGCCACUUCAUGGUUCGAGAAGGGAUUGUGCUUGGACACAAGAUUUCCGAGAAAGGGAUCGAGCUCGAUCGAGCUAAGGUGGAUGUCAUGUUGCAGCUUCCUGUUCCCAAGACUGUGAAGGACAUCAGGAGUUUUCUGGGUCAUGCAGGGUUCUACAGAAGAUUCAUCAAGGAUUUCUCAAAGAUAGCAAGACCCUUGACAAGGCUUCUGUGCAAGGAGACAGAUUUUGAGUUUGAUGAAGAAUGCCACAAGUCUUGGACCUUGCUGAAGGAUGCUCUGGUAUCUGCCCCAAUAGUUCAAGCUCCAAACUGGGAUCACCCAUUUGAGAUUAUGUGUGAUGCAUCUGACUAUGCAGUAGGAGCAGUGCUUGGCCAAAAGAUAGACAAGAAACUCAAUGUCAUCUACUAUGCAAGCAAGACUAUGGAUGAUGCUCAAUGCAAGUAUGCAACCACAGAGAAGGAGCUCCUUGCCAUCGUCUUUGCCUUUGAGAAAUUUCGAAGCUAUAUAGUUGGGUCCAAGGUGAUUGUGCACACUGACCAUGCUGCCCUUAGGCACAUCUUUGCUAAGAAAGAUACAAAGCCAAGACUUCUCAGAUGGAUCCUUUUGCUUCAAGAGUUUGACAUAGAAGUUGUGGACAAAAAGGGACUUAUGGCAAUCAUGAUCUUGAAGGAGAGUUUUGAUGAGAAAGUCAGGCUGGAAGAAGUUAAGGCUCUGCGUGAUGAGAAUUUGCCAUGGUAUGCUGAUAUAGUGAACUUCAUGGUGUCUGGAGAAGUCCCUAGUAGUUUUGAUGCUUACAAGAGGAAGAAGUUCUUCAAGGAUGCUAGGCAUUACUAUUGGGAUGAGCCUUACUUGUACAAGAGAGGACCAGAUAGCAUUUACAGAAUGCAUAGCUGA